AUGGCCGACGAUCAUCUGGACACAGAGAUCGCCGGCUACAGGGCCGGACGAGUGCUGCGGGUUCUUGGCCGCCCUUUGAGGGUGACUGAGCCUUGUGUUGGACUGGGAGGGCUACGACGGUUGUGUGAGCUGUCAGGAAGCCAGUACCUGUCCACACAGGGCUUUGACACGGAAGCUUCCUUGCUUCCCUACUACAAUAACUUGCAGAGGUUUUGUGGUGCUAGCGGUGUCCAAGCCUUGAGAUUGGGCACUGACGGCGAUGUGGAGAAAGUUAAUCCGGAGAGCUUGUUGCCCGUGGAAGCCAUUGUGGCUGGCCCCCCGUGCCAGCCAUGGGCAGGAACCGGACAGCAGCAGGGCACAGCUGAUGCAAGAGCUUCGGUCAUGGAUGUCUGCAUCGGCUGGAUCAUAGCUCAGGCUUGGCAGGGUCAGCUGCUAGCCUUCGCUGUGGAAAACAGCCCCCGGCUGCGUGGAACUCCAUAUCUGCGGGAGCUGCUGCAGCGACUGCGGGCGUGCAUCCCCAUGUUUGCUGUCUCCGUGGAAGUGCAUGACCUGUGUCAGCUUUGCCCGCAGCACCGGGAGCGUUUGUGGAUCCGGGGCUUGAGGAGGGAUUGCCUCCGAGGCUUGCCUGGCCUGCCGCCGCCUUUGAGCAUGAAAGACCUCGGUGGCAAGGUGAAGGUGCCUUUGGAGACCGUGUUGGUCGAAAAACAUGGUCAUGGAAAGGUGCUUAAACCGACGGACCCAGGAUCACUCUGCCCAAACAUGCAGUGCAACUUGGCGGCCUAUUUGACUCGUGUGCAGGGAGACAUAGAAAAUGGGAAAGCAGGCGAGAUAGCCGUGAUCGAGCUGGACCGCAAUCCUUUGAAGGAUUUCGGCGGCGGUAUAGUCUACGACGGCACCCCGCCUCUGCGAACAAAAGGGCCGAAGCUGUGGCUGCUUCGGACACAAGAUGUCAAGGAGAAGCGCCCUUGGCAAGAGCACAGCUUGCAUAGGUACAUGCUACAGGAGGAAAAAGCUAUGCUCCAGGGGCACGACCCCCGAACCCCGUGGCUCUUCAGCAGCCAGACCCAAGCAGAGAAAGCAAUCGGUAAUGCUUACCACCCUUUGCAUUUGGGCAUCAUGCUGUGCCCUUUGCUGGAGAUUGCUUUCCUGCAGGGCAAGUUGAAGUCCGAGCCGCAGACCAUUACUCAGGAAGAGUUGUGGCAGCUAACCCCUCCCCCAGAGGCAGCUCUGGCAGCUCAGCUGUCAGAAGGCGAUGAAAUGGACGAGGAUGAACAAGCCGCAGUUCACCCGGAGCCAACGAUGCCACUGCCCAUAAAGGUGAAGGUUGAGCCUGGGUGCAAGACUUGGGCAGUUCACCCGGAGCCAACGAUGCCACUGCCCAUAAAGGUGAAGGUUGAGCCUGAGUGCAAGACUUGGGCAGUUCACCCGGAGCCAACGAUGCCACUGCCCAUAAAGGUGGAGACUUGGGCUUCCGGCAGACUCAAAAUGGAAAGGUCCAAGCGGGACUCUGUGGUGAAUUUGGCUUCACCGCAGAGGCGGGUCCGGAGAAAGAGAGGCGACUGCUAG